CACAGAAACCUUAUUUUGAAGAUCAUUUGGCCCAAAUAUUCUACAUGAAAUCCAUAUAGAUCCAUGAUUCACAAGGGCCUAUGCCUUGCACCAAGCAGGACAAGUUAACCGGUAUUUUGAGUGCUAUUCUCCAAGCCAAUGACCAGGUAUGUUGGCUCACGAAUUUGAGGAAUGCUGGGGUGUUGCAGAGAACGCUCUGCUGCAAAACCAUCUAAGCGAUGCACGCCUCCCAAUAAUAAACCGAAUUAUAGCGUGCUCAUGAUUUGUGUGUGGAAUCGAAUGUCAUUUUCGGGUAUUGUGGACAAAAUUAGAGACAUUAUGAUAUAUUCCUAUUUGAGGCGGACAGUAUGAUACUGAGACGUGUCCAGAAUCUCAGGUUUUCCAAUAAUGAGCGUGUGACGUUUCACCGCGAGAUGAACACGGCGCGGCUUACGUUCAAGUGCUCGGCCGCGAACAGAUUCAGUCAUUACUGGCGACAUUGGGAGUUAUUUAUCUAACGGAAAAAACGGGUUUUCAGUUUCUGCAUUUUGUAAUAUAGUAAUUGUGUUCGUUCUCCUUGCCGGGGAGCGCGUGGCUGCAUGGGCCUGGGAGAGGCGUGACGCGCCUGUACCGCAUCUCCUGGAUGGCAGAUAUUUGCAUAUAGGGUCGCCUGAAAGCAUGCAGUGAUGAUGCUAUUGAGGAGAGAUGGCAUCGCACGUGUGUGAUGUGACAACUAGCGUGCCAUGGAGAUUCUGAUGAGCGCGUGUUCGAGGAUGUGCCCCGGAGUCUCUCAGGGCCUGCGCACUAAUUGCGCGCACCUGCUGGUAGCAUCGUUGCUGGUGUCCAUGACGAUGUCAAGCUCACCUGUUGCAGGCGGUGUGGACUCCAACGGAACGACAGCAAAACGGUCGUCAUCGCGGUCGUCAUCGUCACCCUCUUCCAGAUGGCCAGGCGCCACCCCACCCAAAGACACUAGUCCCCAUGGUAACACUGAUGCUGCCUCAGUGGACGAUGAAGCUCAGGGCAUACAUCUCCUCCUGAGACCCCCGGACCUGCUGUCCCCCAGCCACCCCCUUCCUCUGCCCCCCCACAGCCAGCCCACCCUCACCCCUCCACCGCCCUGGGAACACGCCCCCUCCCUAGAGGAGGCCUGGGGGUCCGGUGACUACCUGGAAACGCUCUCCUUCAUGGGCCCAGAGGGGGAGGAACUGGCCCUGGCCACACCCUUACCCAGUCACACCUACGACCCUGACGACGGGGCCUCCUAUGACACCUCCUUCCCCUCCCGCCCAACCCUCCCCCUGUCCUCCAGCCUCCUCCGACCCUAUACGUCCCCCACCUCCCCCCUCCGGGAGGGUCUCCCCUUCACUCACCCUGCCCAGCCUGAGGGAUACCCUCACUGGGAUGAAGAAGACUAUGACCUGGGGGACAUUUUUCCUCUGGAGCCCACGGAGCUGCUGCUGCCAGAUAUGAACAGUCUGGAGUACUACACCAAUCUGCUGGCCAGAGAGAGAGACGAGGAGAGGGAAAGGGAGCGAGAAUGGGAGAUAGACAGGGAAAGGGAGCGAGAACAGGAGAGAGACAGGGAAAGGGAGAGGGAUCGAAAUGGAGAAGGAGACAGAGAUAGAGAAAUUGUUAUCCCACCCCCAAAGACCACCCCCAAACUUGGCAUCACACCUACCACUACCACAAAAACACACAUACACACUCAGCCCCCAUCCCCCUCCCCUAGCACAGGGCCCCCUCCUGCCCGGGACCACAAGCACCCUCUUGUCCCCUCAGCAGGUCCAACCCCUCCCCUGACCCUCUCACCCAUUCUCUGGGAGGGUCAGGGUACCUCCACCCCUGGAGUUAGACCCACCUCCAGAGUACCCCCUCAUCCUCCUGUUCCGCGGCCCAGAGUCCCCCCAGCUACCCCUGGCAGACACCCUCCACUGCCCCCAUCUAACACCACCAGCCUGGCUCGCCCCCCCAUGCUGCGACCUCCAGGGAGGGAACCCAUAAAACCACCACCACCUGUGACCGAGGUCCCCAGCAACCGACCGACGACCACUACCAAGGCAACCACUGUUACCACGACAACCCCUGGUACCCUGGCGGGCAUCACCCGGACUCCCCCAGCCCCUCCAGGACGCCAGUAUCUGUGUAACGUCACCAAGCCUGACAUGUACCUGGUCAGAGUGGUCCUGCCAAAGUCUGGCUCCACUGUGGGCUUUGGCCAGGUCAGGGACAUCUUGAAGAGGGAAUUCAACCGCUCAGUGGAGUUGCAGUUCCUGAGAACUCCGUCUAGCCUUGCGUUCCGUGUUGUGGCGGGACCUCUGAUCUUCACCGCCAUGUCUGUCGUCAACGCUCUGCGCCAAUCAACACGAAGCUCCUCCUUGUUCCCCACUGUCUCACCUCUCUAUGGCAUACCUGAUCACAAGUACCAGAUACACUCUGUGCUGCAGUUUGUGCCCGGUCACGUGGAUGUGCGUGUGUGUAACUUCAGUGAGCGAGUGGAGAGAGGACUGCUGAUGGCCUACACAGAGACACGCAGACGUGCACAUGAAUUUGGCAACGUUACUGUACAGCUUCUGAACAUCACCAUGGGUCAGGCCAAGCCGCAGGGUGACCAGAAGGUUCCGGUGGACAUCACGUUUGCGUUGCUGGAUGGGCGGGGCUACCUGUUGGGGUCAGAGGUUAGCGGUCACCUGAGACACCUAAGCACGGUGGAGUUCAGCUUCUACCUGGGCUUCCCCGCGCUGCAGAUCGCUGAACCCUUCCACUACCCCGAGCUGAACGUUUCUCACCAUCUACGCUCCUCCUGGGUCCGCACCGUGUUACUGGGUGUCCAGGAGCAGACGGUGACUGAGCGGAGCUUCAAGGCUCGUCUGGAGCGCCGUCUGGCCCUGCUGCUGGAGGAGGGGCUGGGGGACGGGAGUCAACGACCCCGCUGGAAAAGAUCCACGGCCGUGGGCAACAACAGCUUACAGGUGGUGCGUGUGUCGAGGCUGGCAGGUUCAGGGCGUUCUCUGGAAGUGGUGUAUUUCGUGGAGGGACCAGAGGGGGAGAGAGUCCCUGCUGAUGCCACCGCUGCCACCCUCAACCGCCUGGAGCUGCAACGGGCUGCCAUCGUACUGGGGCACCGCGUCCAGAGACCCCUUGCCCAGCCUGUGGAGACCCUGACGGUGCCCCCGUCUGAGACUCAGAGCAGCAGUAUCUGGCUGAUUGUGGGGGUGGUGGUGCCUGUCCUGCUGGCUAUCUUCAUCAUCAUCAUCCUCUACUGGAAACUGUGCGGCUCGGAGAAGCUGGAGUUCCAGCCUGACGCCAUCAACACCAUCCAGCAGAGACAGAAGCUGCAGGCUUCCAGUGUGAAAGGGUUUGACUUCGCCAAGCUCCACCUGGGGCAGCACAGUAAGGAUGACAUCAUGGUGAUCCAGGAGCCUGGUGCCCUCCCUGUGCCCAUCAAAGAGUCCACCCCCUCUGAGGGAGGGGAUCUCAACACUCCCAAAUCCAAGGGCUCCUCCACCAAGGCGGCCCGCGCUAACCGCCGUAGGGGGAGACUGUCCCCGUCAGAUGGUGACUCGUUAGGUAGCGACCAAUCGAGUGGCAGGGAGUCUGCAGAGGAGACCACCAGACAUGUGGGCACGCCCCACGAGGGGAAACCGCAUCGAAACAAAACGCCCAAGAAUGUCCCUCCCGCAGGCAGUGGUCCAGAUGAGCUGCUCUCCUCUUCCUCCAUCUUUGACCAUGUGGACCGUCUGUCCCGAGGCUCGUCUGACGGCAGGGGUCGCCAGGCCAACAAGGUCCAGCUGAUUGCCAUGCAGCCCCGGCCCAGCCCACCACAACGCUCACACAGCCCUACCAUCACAGAGAGGGUCAGCGCAGAGGUGGCUCUGAGACAUAAGUCUGAGAUCGAGCACCACAGGAACAAGCUGCGUCAGCGGGCUAAGAGGCGGGGCCAGUGUGAGUUCCCCUCUAUGGAUGACAUCCUGGAUGCCUUCGGGCAGGCUCAAGAGGAGGCGGGGCAGGGAGGGUGUCCCCAGCGCCUCUACAGCUCAGCCCAUGACCACAUGGACAGCAUCUUGCACCCCGACCACCCCUCGCCCCCCACCCCAGGGGAAUCCAGGAAGAGGGGGAGGCGCUCUCCUCGAAGCCGGCGGAGGCAGCAGGGGAACGGCAGUCUGCCAGACACAGACAGACUGACGGACAGAGACCGCCUGCUCACAGACAACAGCGCCACCUACAGGAAAUACCCUGGACUCAACAAUGUGGCCUACAUGUCUGACCCAGACCUACCUCCAGACCACGGCAGCCCCUCCCCUAACGACGAGGUGUUUGACCACGCCCCUCCCCCGCCCCCCUAUGUGCCCCCCCAGCCGUCCAUCGAGGAGGCGCGGCAACAGAUGCACUCCCUAUUGGACGAUGCCUUCGCCCUGGUGUCGCCCUCCUCCCAGGGCAGCGUCAGUGUCGGGGUCACGCAGGUCAGCCCCGCCCUGCCAAGCCCCUCUCCCUCCCCACAGACACACCCAUCACGCCAGUGGGGCUCCUACCCCGCAGCCCCCACACACAGCCCCUUCUCUGCGAGGUAUGCAGAGUUGGGGAUGUCUCCCUCGUCAAUACAAGGCCUGUCGCAGAGGCAGGGCCUGGGUUCAGGGGCCUAUGUUACCGAAGAGGAGCAGUUGCAGGAUUCUGUUUACGCCAACAGGGGGCAGUAUGAAGAGCCCCCCUCCUCCUCCAGACCUCGGCCUGUUGGGGGAAGCACAGGUGCUCAGCUGCAUCACCUGACUCAGGUGGGCUUGUCGAGCCGGAUCAGUGCGUACCCUGGGGUGGGCCGCAGCGUCUCUGGGCCAACAGGCUCCAGCUGGAACCAGCAGCCUUUAGACCAGGACCUCUCCAGACCCGGAGCCAGCAGGGAGACUGUGCUGUCGUUCCCUGAGUUCUCCUCCUCCGGUGUGUUUCAGAUGCCCAGCUCCUCUCUGGGAGACCAUUCUGUCCCCCCAAUGCUCCUGGCCCCUCCCACUCCAGAGUUCCCCCUAGACGAGUCCUCCCCCUCAGCCCAAAGCUCCGCCUCCCUCAUCAAGGCCAUCAGGGAGGAGCUACGACGGCUCGCCCAGAAACAGGUUGCUGUGGCCAGCAGUUAUUCCUAGACCAGUGUGAGCCCCUACCCCCUAACUGGUCAAAACUACUGACUCUAAACUGGUCCGAACCAGUUUGAACUACUCAUCCUCAAGCAAGUAUGGAUUGACCGGAUCCACUACCCCAAACUAGUUUGAAACAGUCAGAACCACUUUCCCUAAACUGGUGUAAAGAGGCUCAUACAACUAUUCAUAAGCUGGUCUGAACAAGACUGAACCAGUCUGCAACAGAUACGAUUUCCUUACAACAAUAACAUCACGGUUCUUUACAGGGUUCUUCUCUCUGUAAAGGUUCCCCGUUCAACAGCACAGUGUUUCCACUGGACAAGAGGAUCGAGUUUGUUUUCUUCAGUUCCAUAGAAAUGCUUCCUUGAGAGGGGCCGUCUCUACCCUUCCUGACCUCGUGUAUGUGGUGCUAAACCUCAGCCUCAUGUCUCCUGUCAUUAAGUUAACCACACAUUGCCUUCAACACACAUUCAUCAUCAGCCAUAUUGGUGAGGUCUUCUCCAUUCAUCAGCCAUAUUGGUGUGGUCUUCUCCAUUCAUCAGCCAUAUUGGUGUGGUCUUCUCCAUUCAUCAGCCAUAUUGGUGAGGUCUUCUCCAUUCAUCAGCCAUAUUGGU